AGAGGCAGAAGCUUGAGUUGGAAAGGAGCUUAGAGGACAUCUAGUCUAACCCCCUCCUGAUCCUAAAGAGGACUGGGUAUGGAGGUUAUGAAUGCUGGUUGUCAAGGCUCAAGGAAAGAAGGCUCAGGAAGCCGCCAGGUGGAAGAGCUGGCAAGAACAAGACAGCCUCGGUUCAUUAUUCAGGCAGUGCUUGAGAGGAUCCCCCUUCCUGCCUACCAGAUGCAAGAAACCCCCCAGCUUGGUUGCGUGGCUGCUUGUAACUGUGGUCCUUACCUCUGUCCCUCUCACUUCUGCUCAGCGGAUUGGGAACUGUACACCCAAUCUUUGGACUCUCCGAGCGCCUUCCCUUCUCUUCCCGCCCUUUGGAGUCAACCGUCAGCUAGCUACUCUACAAACAAUUUGGCAUUUCACUCCCCCUCAGACGCAGCUGCUUUUUCCAGCUUGGUUUUGCUGUUUUUCUGGCACCUGCUGUCUUGCUGCCAAAGUGUGGGUGGCUCUCGGAAGGAGGUGGUGGGUUGUGAUGGCAAAGGGCUCCUCCUCGUUGACUUACAAGGGAGGCUGCUCAGCGACUGGAAAGAGCUCCCCUUGCAAUGAAUCUUGAUGCAGCAAUGUUUUGCAUAGUUUUAUUGGGGGAAAAAAAUGAAAUCUUCCUGUAACCACACAGCCUUAUUCAGAUCAGAUGGAGUCCAAGUUGGCUGUUAGAUUAUUUCUGGCUGGCUAAGGCUAAAGCCUUCCAGGCCAGUCAGACCAUAUAGUAUACAUUGCUGAAGAUCUGGACAAGGGAUUCAGCUUUAAUUGGCCUUUAAACGGUCACGCAGGAGGACCCAGGGUUGAAAUCUGCUGUCCGCCCUUCAGUCUGUUAGGCAGCCUUGUAGCAGCUCUUGGCUGGGUUCCUCUUUUGGAAUCCUUCAGGUUACAAGGGAAGCGAAGGUCAAGUUUCAAACGUUUGGCUAUUUUACACCUCACCCCCUAUUCUUGCAUUAAAAUCUCUACCAAAUAUAUGUAUAGCAUUUUCUAGUGUAGCCCAGUUGCAAGUUUGAAAUUUAGCACUUCUAGGAGGCGUGUCAACAUGUACGGUGUAUCAUUAGGGCAGGCUUAUUCGGUCUUGUGAACCUCACUACAGGAUCAGCAGGGAGGGAUCCUAGUCCAGGUUCAUCUGAACUGCCUCCAGAUUCUAAUUCCUAUUUAUCAAAGCUUUUCCAGUUGGCUUUGGGUCUAAGAUACUGUCUUUGAUCCUGCUUUCGGGCCACGGUAUUCGAGGGGAUUGGAUUUCAACAAUGCCUGGGGAAUUUUUGUUUCCAUCUCAUUCCUGUAGCAGGUAUGGGCUUCACUCUGAGCCUGUUUUGCCUGGAGCAGCCUCAAAGCCCAGAAUAGAAGACAAACAUUUUACUAUGAUAAGAGUCUGUAUUCAUCAGCUCGUAAUCUGUUUACCUUCCAGGCAUUCCUCUCUGAUCCCAGAUACUCCAUUUAGGUUACUUAACAAUCAAACAGAACUACAAAACUCUAGCAGUGUGGGAGUUUCACUGCUCCUGUUCCCACAUGGCAGGAUAUCACUGCCUCUGCACUGAGGCAGAAAUGGGACAACUCCAGAGAAGGUCUGACCAGCCAAGAAGGUCCCAACCAAGUGAGGCUGAAGAAAACUGAAUUGAUGAAAACUGACCUGUCCUACAAAAGAAGCAUUUUCUGCAGAAGAAACUUGUGGAGGAUCACAAGAAAGGGGUCAGGAGAAGAAUCCGGGUAAGAAGGGACCUUGUUUAACCUUCCUCUGUAUAAAAUAUGAAUUGGACUUUUGAAUUGUUAUAGCAAAUCAGUUCUUUUGUUUGUUUGUUUUCCUCUUUGUUUCUGGGCCACCCUCUAGGGCAAAUUCUCCUAAAACAGCUUCAAGCAAAAGAAUAAAGUGUUAAAUAUCAAUAAAACCCAUCGUCAACCACCACAAAGGUUAAAACUCUCAAACUGAUCUUGUUACUUGUGUCACCGCCCAGGGUCGCUUGUGUGAGAUAGACGGGUAUAUAAAUGUGAUAAAUAAAUAAAUAUGGCGAGGUCUCAGUGGAAUCAGAUUCAUCCAGUGGAAAAGUGGAGAAAAGAAAUGGAGCUUUCGAGCUUUCUUAAAAGUUGGCGAUGCUAAGAGCUGAGGAACCCGGUGGCCAAGUAUUCCCCAAGUCCGGCCACGAUGGAGAAGGCCUCCUCUCUUCUUUUACCCAACGGAACCCCCAAGGAGGGCAGGAGAGAAGGCCCUUUUCUCCUCAAAUAUGGGAGGUUGCUGUGAGUCACCCCUUUGUCCUUUAUCCUUCCUCAUCUGGUUCUGUUUUAAAACCCAAUGCCCCGCAUCUGGAGCAGAGAUGGCCAUGGCUUGAAACAUUUGGGGUUUGAACUGCAGACAGUUUCUAUUUCUGUUUGCAACCUAUGUUCUGGAUUAAAAAAAAGAAAACCCACCUUCUUUAGCUCGCUCUUGUUCAAAAUCCUAUUUGCAUAGCCUGGCAAAGGGACAAAGAACUCGAGCAGCAUAAAAGUUGUGCAAUAACUGAACAUUUAUUUGUUUUAUUUUUUUGCAUACCUGGCUCUAAACAUAUUCUUUCUGUGGCUUAUUUUUAUGUAUUCAGUGACUGGCCUUUGUUUGGAUAAGGAGUGGAAAGACCUUUGACCAUUGUUUUCCUUUGCUGCUAACGUUCGUUUGGAAACCAAAUAAAAAGUCUGUUCGUCUCUUUUAGAUUCUAUGUAUAUUCCUUCUAUGCCAUCCUUUAAUAGUAAGUGGAUGGGCCAGAUCCAGAGCUGAGCAGGAGGUUAAGUCUUCUUCCAGAUGAGACUCUUGUUCCUGAUCUCCUCCUGCCUGCUGGAGGGCUGUUUGGCCUCCUGGCACUCCCUCUCCUAUUCCUACACCUUCGUCUCAGAGCCCAGCCGAGGGCUGCCCCGGUUCAGCAUCCUGGAGUCCCUGGACCACUAUCCCGUGAAUCUCUAUGACAGCAACACACAGAGCUUCCGCCCUCUGAUUCCCUGGAUGGAGAAACUUCAGAAGGAGGAGCAGAAAGUCUGGGACGACUUCACCCAGGCAGCAAAGCAGGCGGAGAAACAGUUUCGACUGAACCUGCGAACCUUGCAGAAGUACUACAACCACAGCCAGGGGCUUCACAUCUUGCAAUGGAGGUACGGCUGUGAAAUUGGUGGUGAUGGGCACAAAGGAGGCUCGGACCAGGAUGGUUAUGAUGGGAGGACCUUCCUCAGCUUUGACAAGGAGACCCUCACCUGGACAGCAGCUGAUGUAGCAGCUCAAGUCUCCAAGAGGAAACUGGAGGGGGAGCCAUCCUUUGCCCACCAUUUAAAAUACUACCUGGAAGAAACCUGUUUGAGAAUAUUGAGAAAACGCCUUAAGUAUGGGAAGGAGUCUCUCCUGAGGAAAGAGACCCCAGUGGUGACAGUGACCAGCAAGACAGAGGCCAAUGGCAUGGAAAGUCUUGUCUGCCGAGUCCACGGCUUCUACCCCAAGGAGAUCGAUGCCUCCUGGAGGAGGGACGGGGAGGUCUGGCUGCAGGACACCCUCCAUGGGUCUGUGGCCCCCAAUGCAGAUGGGACCUUCCACCUCUGGCUCAGCGUCGAGAUCGAUCCCCAGGAGUGGGAGCGCUACCAAUGCCAUGUGGAGCACGACAGCCUGCAGGAGCCUGUGGACGUGGCCUUGAAUAAGCCUGCUUACAAGAAGAGGCUGCUUCAUAUGUCCUUCUGGGUGCUGAUUUUGCUGAUUUUGCUGAUCCUUAUCUGCGCAUUCAGGAAAAGUGUAAGCCAGCGGAGAAAGAGGAUCCCAGCCCAGCUGAGGGACUUUGGCAUGAAAGAAACAGCUGAGAAAAGAGACCCCCAUCAAGCAGCCCCAGAGCAGGACAACGAGGUCUGCAAUGCUCAGUGGAAGAAGGAAGUUGAGACUCAUGAGAAGAUGCUCAGUGGAAGAAAGACGAAGGAAGUUGAGACUCAUGAGACUCCAGACUGAAAUGUUUUUUUCUCUCAUGAAUUAAAAGUGGGCCAGAAGGUCAGCUGUCUCCAGGGACUGUUUCAUAGAGUCCUGGGGUUGGAAAGGCCCUUGGAGGUCUUCUACUCCAACCCCCUGCCCAGGGCAGGAAUCCUCAGACCAUCCUGGACAAAUGGUUGUCCACUCUUUUCCAGAGGUGAGACACAUAAGAUGGGCUGCCAUACAAAUCUUAUAAAUGCAUAAAUAUAAUAUGUAUAUUAUAUACAUUUAAUAAAUAAAUAAACUUCCACUGAAAGAGCUCCCGUGACUUUAGGAGGCAGGGUGUCCCACUGCUUCGUAGCUCCCAGAGUCAGAAAUUCCUCCUUAUUUCAAGCUUGGAUCUCUCUUUGAGAAGCUUCCUCCUGUUGGUUCAUGUCCUGUCCUCAGGAGCUAUGGAGGAUAAAUCCACACCCAACAAAAAUUUAUUUUUUGUUUCAAUCCUGACUGGUGGUCUUCUAGCACCCGGCUCAGCUUGGCUGAGCUACUGACUCCCACAGUUUUUGUUUGGUUUAACCUUCAGUGUUUGACCAGAGCCAGGGUGGGGUGAGGAUGUCCCCUUCAAUCCUCUCCUGGUUCCCCACAAGGCUGGUGGUUAAUAGUGGGGUGGGGGGCAGCAGGAGACCUACUUUUCUAGUUGCAGUUACUGAAGGACCUCAGAGGAGGUCUACCUGUCCCAACAGGUCUGGCAGAAGAGUCAUGUUACAGCUCCCAUCUGUUAAGUAGUGCCAUCUGAUGGGAGACAGGAGGAAACCCUUUUUUGCUGCAGUGCCCACCCUUUGGAACAUCCUCCAGAGUUUAGACUGGCUCCACACUUGUUGACUUUCUGGAAGAGCCUGAAGACGUGGCUCUGUCAACGUGCCCGGGGAUCUGGCCAUGGUUUGGAGCCUGCUAGAUGACUGUAUUGAUUGACGCAUGAUUUGCACUUUCCUGCUUCUUCUAUUUCCUGGUUUUAAAUGUUGGUUUUAAUUGGAUUUUUAAUUUGCUUAUUUUUUAAAAUUGACCUCUGUAUUGUGUUUAUUGCUUGCUGGUAGUUUAAUUAUGUGUGCCACCCAGAGUCACCAAAGUGAGAUGGAUGGCUUUGCAAACUGAAUAAAUAAAAUAAAAAUGGAAAGAGCUUGAUUAUUCUACUCCAGCUAUUCAUUAGAAGAAUGCCAGAAGAAGGAGUGUCAUGGCCCAGGACUCGGACCACUCUGAGUCUGGAGGAGUUGCUCCAGCUGAACCAGUGGAAUGUCAGCCUCAGGAGACGCCAAGCCAGGAAUCACCUGAGGCUGGUCAAACACAGGCCCAUCAGAGCAACUGGAGCAGUCAUGAUGAGGCACGGCCUCCAAGCCCUCGAGAGCAGAGCAAAGACGCUCAGUGAGAUUCCUUACCAAGCAAGGGAGAAACCCUUGAUUAAAGACAGCUGGCUGGAGCUGAUCUAAGAGCAGCCCUGACCCCUUUCUCUGUUGGAAACAUCCGUCUGGUUUCCUGCUCUGCUUGUACAAGAAAUCUUGAAACCUGGGGCUUUGGACUGGCUGACAAAUCUGACUUGGCUCCCUGAACUUCGGACUGAAUCUUGACCUCUGUUCUGUGUGUCCUGUGGAAAGUGAAAGUACUCAGGCAAGCUUUAUCUUCAAGAGACUCUUUUGUUUGUCUGCCAUUUAUCUACUCAGCCUGGAGUAAAUUGCCACCAUCACCUAGCAACUGGGUGUGUGUUUGAAACCAGAAAAGGAGCACCCAUCUGUGUUUGUUGCAGCAAAACCAAUCAAGGGAUCCUAAGAUUAACCCCUUUGUGAUAAUGUGGAAUAUUAUGAGAGGGGGAAUCAGCAGACUCUGUAGCCCCCUGACUUUUCCCUAUAGGAAAUAUAGUAUUAAUCUGUAAGAGGUCACCAGAAUCUUUGGGUGCUUUCACCAGAAGAAAGUCUGUUUGGGGUACCUAAUUCAGUCCCUGUGUGCCAGGCGCUGUAUAGUUCUAAAAGCGAGGCAGCUUCCUCCUUUUCCUGAAGGCUCUCAAUCCCAGAUCUGCUCCUGCGAAUCCCUCUGCCUUUGUAAGCCCUGCAGUUUUUGCCAAACCUUCUACAGCUGGGGUUCCUAAAAGAGGUUCAUGAUUUCUCUGUCUCCUUUCAAUACUUAGCCAAGCCUGAACUGGCGAGAGAGAAUCAGACAUCUGAGGUAGGGGAGAUGAAAGCAGGAUUGUGUGUCGAAGUCUCUUCCCACAAUUCAACUGUCUGGUUUGGCCUCUCAGUAGUUUUGAACGGAGCUUCACUGCAGCUUUCCAGAGCUACAGUUGACUUCAUGGGUCAAGUACCAGAAGUUACCUGAAAGUGCAGGAAGUUUGAGAUGGUGAACCUCGGGAAUCCCUCCUCAUUUGAUCCCCAAAACUACCCUAUGAAGAAGGUUGGAGAAUGACUGGCCCAAAGUUACCCAGGGAGCUCCAUGGUCACACGAGGACAAAUCUGCAUCUUAGCCAUUAUGUAACCAUGGCUUGGCUCAGCUUUAGGCUCUUCCACGUUUGUUCAAAUGUAAAACCUCUUGGCUCAGAUGAAACAUUCCUUGCAGAUGUCCCAUUUGUUGAAGGAGGGAAGACUGUGGCUCAACCCUUCUUUGGAAUGUUUAGCCUGUUGAACUCCCUGCAUCUUCAGAGUUUCACUCAUUGAUGGUUUGCCAUCCCUUCUGACCCUUCCUGGUCCUGGCUGGCUUUGGCCUGUCCACUCUGCAGCCUGAACUUUCUUUUUUGUGAUCAUUCCAUAAAUUCAAAAACCUUCCAGAAGUAGACCCUGAAACUUUUUUAUUGUAUAAUAAAAUCACUCAAUAUUGUGAGAGACAAGAUUUUCCAGAAAGGAGAUAAAUUAUGAUGAAGAUAAAGUUCUUGUUUUUUCAAGCUGUCAUCCAAGCUACUUUACAAAGAAGGAAUGCAUUUAAAUUCCACACAGACAAUUAAAUCAGGAAGAUAAAAAGUGGGGAUUUCCGUUCAAGGAAAUCAUUUUUAAGCCACAAAGUACGGAGAUAAUUUUUCAACUCAAGAAAUGAACGAGGGAAUGGAGGACCUCAAGAAAACCACCUUUGAACCUCAUUGAGAAAGCAAUGUUAUUUUGGGCUGUCAGAGCUUCAUCAUAGCUUUAACAAUGAGAAUGAACAAAUAUGAGGAGCAUAAAUACCAAUAAUUGAACUUUAUUUGUAUUUACUUUGUUCCUCGCUUAUUUUAACAGUUACUGCCAAGUUUUAUCAGCUUUAUGUUUCCACUAUGCUGAUGCCAUGGAAUGGUAGAUAGUUAAAGCAUUAACUGGUUAUAUUAAGAAAGGAACAGGUUGAGCUGGGUUGAAAGGACUUAGACCACGUAAGGAGUCCAGUGGGGGAUGUCCUGUGCAUUACUGAAGUUCACCCAGGAUCUAAGUUGGGAGGUGAGUGGGAUUAUUGAUGGGAAAACCAGGAUAAAUAGGGUGUAGAGAAAAGGGGAGGGGUAAGGUUUCAGAAAGGGGUAAUAAAAAUAUUGCAAUCUUUUUCUUUCAUUGAGGAAUAUAAAUUUGUUGUUACUGCACUCAGCACAGUGCCUCAGGUUGAAAAGAUUUUGUGUCAUAUAAGAGGAGUAAGAGGAUAACUUUGGCAGGAAAUUCCUGAUGAGUGACAGCUAUUAGCUAGUUUCCCCGAAUGUCAGGAACUUUGGUGAUACGAUGAUGAGAUUUUGAGGUCAUUUGCUUAGCAGUAAAUAUGCUACAGGAAACAUACAAAGCAAAGGUUAAAAUAAAUAUUUUAACACCCCGCAUCUUGCAGCAGGAACAAGGCAAAAUUUGUUGCAAUUCUACUUAAAGCUAACUUAGAUUUUAAAGCUGAAAAACUGUAAUGAAAGCUCGGCAUAUGCAGUUCGUCUUUGUUAAAGGGAAAUUGGACAACAAGCUAGUUAUAUUUGCUUCAGUUUAUUCUCUGAAUCACGACAAGAUGCUAUUCUUCAGAAUGGGACAGUUAAAAUUGGGUAUGGAAAAUCUGAUAUCGGGAGGGGACCUAAAUUCAAAGACAGGUAGUAAGCGAGGGGAAGUAGAUAUUUUGGAAGUUAGAUGAAAAUGUUAAUUAUAUAAACACUUGUUGAAAAUUAUGCAAAGAAAAAGGUAUGUGGGAAAUGGCAUGUAAACUUAAGCAAAUAACAAUUGUGUGUGUGU